AUGGCCGAUUCUACUCAGUCCACUCAACCUACGCAUGCCUCCCAGCCUACACCCCCUGCUCAAGGACCGCUGACUCAUUCCCCUCGCACAUCGUUCCACCUCUCCCAGCCCUCCUUCACAUCAUCAAGAAGCUCACAUGGGUCAUUCAGCUCCACCGCAUCUCAUCCACCGAGCGCUGAGGAGCUGAUAAACGCCUACGAAGCCGAUCAGGAACGCAUAGUCAAUGUCUUAUCUCGCAAGCUGGAGCAGCUGAGUCAAGAGAAAGUCGACUUGGAGAAUGCGAUGGAAGCGGAGAACGAAGCUCACGUUCUGCGCCUGCAGCGCGAGCUAGCCGCGUUGCGUGCUCAGCAGCUUGCACAAGGGACGAGUGCUCCCGCCAGCGCGGAGGGGAGCGAGCCUAUCUCCCCUGUUGAGGGGCCUGCGCUCCUCGCGGUGAAGGAUGGGAAGGAGCGACCGGGGAGGGAUGAGAACGCUACUCCUGGACCGAGUAUGCAAGCCGUGGUCGACGCGUUGAGGAGGGAGAACGACGGGCUCAGAAAUCGGCUGCACGAAACCGAAACUGACUAUAUCCGACUCUCUCGCACUCUCUCAGCAUACAAAGACGAACUCGUUACCCUCCGCCGCCAGCUAGGCAUCCCAGUUGACAACCUCGUUUCUCCUCCUCUUAGCCCCCUAGGCCUCAGCCCCAGGAGCAGAACCGGCUCUCUCUCCGGAAGGAGCUGGCACGGGUCUCCAGUGACCACCUCCCUACCAGUAGGCGGGCCUAGUACAAGCGUAGGACCGGGCAACGGAAUCAGCAACACACACAGUCCAAAUAUGGAGAUGAACGAAAUGGACAUCCUUUCCCCUCCCUUGCACCCUGUCUACCCCCACCCGCUCGGGCGCUCCCAAUCGCUCACUUUCCCUUAUCCUCUCUCCUAUCCCAUCCCUGGUCCGCACUCAAACGGCACCCCCUCCUCCCCCUCCAACCCCAGUACAAGCACAACAAGCACCAACUCCACCCCAUCGCCCUACGCCUCCCUCCUCUCCUCCCUCCCGCAGAGCUUUUCCCCUUCUUCCUCCCCGUUAGCCAACUCCCCCGGUCCGGGCGCAGCGAGUUGGGGACUGAGCUACCCACUCGUACCCCCUCCGAGCCUCAGCAGCUCUCUAGGCUCUGGCCCAGCAUCCUUAGGCAGCCUGGCGAGUUUCCCAGCAGGAGCAUACGGCCCCGCGAGCCGGAGAGGCAGCCUAACAGGGGGUCAUGCGCACCCGCUUACUCACACGCCCCUGCAUACCCAGGCAGGGAUGUCCGGGGCAGCGGAAAGAGGGCGGAGAGUGGUCGAGACGGGGAGUUUGAGGAGGGAGAGCUUGAGGGAGGGCAGUAGGGGAAGGUUGGGAAGGAGGCUGGAGGAUGUGGGCGAGGUUGGGGAUGGGGAGAGCGCGGUUGUCGAUUGA